AAUAAAAGAUGGCAGUUUGACGUUUACAAAAAUUUUGUUUACGAUUGUUUUAAUCCAGAGUAUUUUUCUAUAACUUCUGGUGUAACAAUCCACCAAAGUUAAUUUCGUAUACUCCGAUGUUCAAGCAUUUAACUGUAGGCCUUAUGAAUUGAUAGCUGAAGAAGUGUGAUGUGUUAUUAGAAAAAUUAACGUCAGUGCCCAUAGAAAAAGUGGUACAAGUGAAAAUGGAAGAGGAAAACGUCGAUUCAGCUAUGGCGUUGUUGGAUUUGAAUGAAGAAGGUAAACAGGAUGAUUCGCAGGACACUGCCGAAUUAAAAUCGGCAAGAACCUUACGCAGCUCCGGGCGUAGUAAAAAAGUGCCAGAGGUUCAGCCCGAAAAACGUCGCACGAAAUUAAAACCGAAGCGACUCGACGAGAACAGCAGUUACAACGCUGUGCGAAAUUAUUAUCUGGAUAAAACGAUUAAAAAACAGUCACCUAGUCUAGAGACAAUUUUCGAAGAGCCAACAAGUGUGAACGGAAAGCUACUUGAAAUUAGUCAUAAGAAGAUCAAAAGGAUGAUGAAUUUCAAUGCGACUCCCUCCAUGAAUAAACUGAAGGUUAAGAAGAGACAAAUGAAGGCCAAGAAGUUUGGUUUCAAGAAAAACAGGAAGAAAAUGAGUAUGGAAACCUUUAUGGAAAAGUUGAACAAGUUAGGAGGACCCGAUGAGUGAUGAGUUUGUGUGUAUGUUUUUAUUGUUUACUACGUUAUACAAUUAAUUUAAUUAUUUUAUAUUUUUAUAAUAAAAAUUAAUCAAAUUCUU